UGUUAUUUUUUUUGCCAACAUUGUCCCAUUUUCUGUGUCGACCUUCUUGGUGCCCUAGCGCUCCCAUCAAGCUUAACCUUUGAGUCUUCCUAAAGGCUCCUCUUUCUCUCCGACUAUUCGUUGCAAGUGUUUAUUCAGUAAGCAUUUCUGUUACCUGUUUUAGGUUCGAAUUGGGUUCACUUGAAUUGAUUAGAUCUGUGGCAGUUUAGAGUAGUAGCCGCUUUCUACUUAAACGCUUGUGGAAAUCUGAGUUCGCGUUAUUUCCUUUUUGGUUGUUGUUGAUACGUAACAGGUGCUGUUCUUUAAUGAACUUUAAAUGUCUUUCCUUUUUCUGCAUUGAAGUCUGCUUUCAGUAGCUGAAUUGAGUGCCUCUCAAGGCUUUGCCCCAAAUAUCAAGCUUGUUCCAUUCACUGCUUUUGCUAUUUUCUACUAUUCGUUUAGGAAUUCUGGGUUGUAUUGGCAUUGGUAUAUAAUCAUUUUAUUUUUAUGCACUUUUGUUCGAAACCCAUGUUUUAUCAGGUCUCAUUGUAGAUGAUAUUCAUAUAUUUGAAGCGUUCUGUUAUCGGACCUCCUUGCUUCUUUGUCUUUUGUUUUGUGUCUCACCAUCUCUGGGACUGGGACUAGCAGCUGAUUUAGGGAAUUUCAAGCUCUUGUAGCCUUGAAAGGAAGGUAUAUGAAACUUAUGUCCAUGAAACACCCAUUAAUGAGUAUGAGAAAAUAUGCCAAUUCCCACACAGCAAGGUUGUUCAGUGAUAGAAGAUGGAUGAUUCCAUUCUUAACAAGUUUGCUCAUAUCUAUUACUCUGUUGUUGUCAGCCUUUUUUGGCCUAUUUACCUCUCCUUAUGGCGGAGAUCAGUUAUCAUUGGACAGAAUUCCAUUUGGGAGAACAGAUGAUUCUAGUGAGUACUUUGUAGAAAUGGAUAUAAAGAAAUCUUUGAACACGAGUAGGUAUUCCAAAUUAGAAGCACCUAGAAUAGCUUAUCUUAUAUCAGGUACAAAGGGCGAUAGUCAGAGAAUGAUGAGGACCUUGCAGACAAUUUAUCAUCCUAGAAAUCAGUAUAUUCUGCAUCUGGAUCUUGAGGCUCCACCUCGUGAAAGGUUGGAAAUGGCCCAAUUUGUGAAAAGUGAUACAACAUUCGACGAAGUGAAUAAUGUGCGCGUUAUGGCACAAUCCAAUUUGGUAACGUAUAAGGGCCCCACAAUGAUUGCUUGUACGCUACAAGCGAUUGCAAUUAUGUUGAGGGAGAACAUGGAGUGGGACUGGUUCAUUAAUCUCAGUGCUUCAGAUUAUCCUCUUAUGACACAAGAUGAUUUGCUUCAUGUUUUCUCAAAUUUGUCUAGAAAGCUGAACUUCAUUGAACAUAUUCACUUUACUGGGUGGAAAUUGAACCAAAGGGCAAAACCGAUCAUUAUUGAUCCUGGCCUUUACUUGUCUAAAAAAUCUGACCUUUCGUGGACUACUCAACGCCGAUCACUUCCCACGUCUUUCAAGUUGUUUACAGGUUCAGCGUGGGUAAUGCUAACUCGAUCCUUCGUUGAGUACUGUAUAAUGGGAUGGGAUAACCUUCCCCGUACUAUUCUAAUGUAUUACACAAAUUUUGUAUCUUCUCCAGAAGGGUAUUUCCACACUGUUAUAUGCAACAAUGAAGAAUACCGGACCACUGCAAUAAGCCAUGAUCUUCACUACAUUGCUUGGAAUAAUCCUCCAAAGCAGCAUCCCAUCUCGUUGACAAUGAAAGACUAUGACAAAAUGGUACAAAGCAAUGCCCCGUUUGCCCGGAAGUUUGCAAAGGAUGAUCCUGUUUUAGACAAAAUUGAUAAAGAGCUUCUAGGCCGUACUCAUCGUUUCCCAGUCGGGGCAUGGUGUAUAGGGAGCACCGAUGGUGGGGCAGAUCCAUGCUCUAUCCGUGGUAAUGAUUCCGCGUUCAAUCCAGGUCCUGGUGCUGAGAGGUUUCAAGAAUUGCUUCAGAAAUUGUUAUCUGAAGAAUCUCGGAGAAAGCAAUGUUCAUGACGAAAGGUGAAAGGUAAUCAGGUAUACACAACCACAAGUGUGAAUUGGUGUGCCUAUAGGGUAUAGUUCUUGAUGUAAAACGAUGAAGCUUUUCAUUUCAGUACAGUUGAAUUUACCAUUCACAUGAUGUUUCACAGAAUUUACAAGUUAUAAAGGAAAGUACUUUUUUUUU